GAGAUGCUCACCUCCUGCUGUUUAUAUUUUAACUGAUUCCAACAGAAGGCAGCUGCAGGUAAUACAAUUCCACUGUUUUUAGUUUAUCUGCGGAUUUAAACGAAAUCCAAACAUAUUUUUAUGUUUCAAAACAGUUGUUGACGUAGCCUAAUUUAUUUUAGUUCAAUGAACUCUUUCAAACGAGGUUUCCCGCUUGAGUCAUAACUGUUGUUUUUUUAUUUAUUUUAGUAGAUAAAUUAAUUAAAAAUGUCGUCAUCCAAAAAAACACUAUUGCUGCUGGUUUAUGUAUUAUGCACGUUCCGCUCCGCGCGUUCGGGGGACUCUGGACACGCCAGACCCUGCUCCGGAUCACACUGUCCGGGAGGCAGAUCGCCCAGACCACCGCGACAACACAGUCCGACAACACAGAGCAGGUCAAUUAAUCAACAUCAUGCUCCCUUCAGCCUUUCAUCUGAAAAUCACGCCACGUUUCUGUCCCAGCGCGGGCGAUCUGGAGACCAGACAAGGGAAACCGUCCAGACGCGCGUCGCUGAAGUGUUUGAUCCUGUGUGCGCAGACUGCGUUACGCCUCAAGGACCAGAUCAUGUUGCGAACGACACCGGGGAAUGUAAAGGAAUCGAGUGCCGUCUGCCUCUGAGGAUACGACAGAAGCCCCGGUCGAGACCCUGUGCUGGAGACGGAUGUUUACCCGAGCCCAGUCAACCAACCCUCAUCCAUGUGGCAGACAGAGCCGCUCAGUUUCUGGGGGAAUUUCCGGACAUUGGAUAUCCCGCAUCAGAGGUCGGGGCUCCUCUGGGAGUUCAACUCACGUGCGACAUCAAACCAGGAGAGAAUGAGGUCCCUGCCGAGGACGCACUUAUCCUACACCUACAGCUGGCAAAGGGACAAGAGAAGCUGGUGGAGGCUUUGAGAGCUCAGCAAGUGGUGAUUCGUGAUCUACAGCAGAGGCUGGUGGAACAGCAGGGAGCCCUCCUCUCCCAGCAGCGUGAGAUACUCAGCCAGCAGCGCCGCAUGUUCGAGCAGAUGGAUGUGGUGAAGGCUCAGUACGGUCUGCUUUCUGAGACGGUCAAGCAAGUCUCUUACCAAGGUCUGCAAGGAGAACUGCAAAGCCAUUUCGAAAGUCACCUGGCCGAUCUUCAGAACCAAGCACGUAGCCACCUGCAAAAGUCCUAUGCUGUGCAUAAGGUAGAUGUGGACACCAAAGUGAUGAAUGUAGCUGGGGACACAGGAAUACCAUUGUUGGGCUGUCGAAUUGCUUGUGGACCUGAGGAAUACUGUGACUUCCAAAAGGAUCCACCGCAGUGUGAAAGGUGCACUAUGUGUCCCCCUGGAUUCUUCCUGGUGUCACAGUGCUCGCCCACUGCUGAUAGGAUGUGCCAGGACAGGGAUGAAUGCCUUGAAUUACCGAGCUUGUGUGGGGAGCAAGUAAAAUGUCUUAAUACCCCAGGAGGGUUUCGUUGUCUUGGUGUCUCUGAGAGGGAGAUUUCCGCGGGGUUGUGUGGCCAUGAGUACUUCUACAAUAAGGAACUUCAGGAGUGCCAGGCUUGUUCAGACUGUGAUGGUGAGCCUGUUGGCAUUCCCUGCACUUCCACCAGUGAUGCUGUAUGUGGAUCUGUGUCUGAGAACAUGCUCUCACAAUCUUGGGCUGCUUCGAUUGCCAUACCACCAACAAAAUCGAAGAGUACUUCCAUCUUUCCAGGGCUACAGCUUAAUAUUCGUGGCAAAGAAGGAAACGACCUAUUGACCAACCAUGAUGAUAACCUCAAUCUCCAACAACAUGGACUGGUCUGGAUAGACUACAACUUUGCACUAAAGCACAGCUGCAGGAACUUUCUCCAGGUCGGGAUACGGAUAAACGGCAGCGAAGAGGAGGCUCGAGACCUUAGCGGGGUUCGAAUUGAGCAACCGGAGAGAAAGUUCUUUCAAGGUGUGACUGUAAGUACUGCAGUUGAAGUGGAACCCAGUCAUAUACUGACACUCCUGCUGAAGAGUCCCAACCAAUACUGCAACCAGAGUAAAGAUAUUCAAGUCUAUGAGCUUGGAGGGGCUUCGUUCAGCUUGCUGUGGUUAUCCCAUGACACCGGUGCCGUGGCCAUGACUGCUCAAAUGUCAACAGCAGCCCACUACCAGAGUAACCAUCGCCCAACCUUCCGUAUAGCCACUGUUUCUGAUCCCUACAUAGUGGCACUGACCCAUGAUAGCCGCGGGGUGCGUUUCAUGGAGAGUGGCGUGGUAAAGUUUGUGCUCCAGCAGGCCAUCUACUCCAUGGGCCAUGCUUGUGUUCGAGAAGGUUUCUCACUGAUUGCCUACGUCAACCGAAAUGGCACUAACCAGGAGGUGCUACGCUCCUUUAAGUCUGGUGUUAACUACAGGGACACUUCCAUCACCCUUUCCGGAGCCACAAGGGUAGACAGAGAAGACUGGCUUAAUUUUGAGAUUGUUGCCCCAUCUCAGUGCAAUGUCCGCUACUUUGGCGAUAAUUCUGGGAUUAGUAUGCUAAGCUUGAUUUGGAUCCCCACCACUGUCUCCUCUACAUUCACAGCCACUGUCUCAAGAACAGGUUUUCCCUCUGGGGCAGUACGAAAUAAACCCCUGCUUUUCAGGCAGAUGAGCCCGAAUACAGAUCAAAUGCGGCUAGCUGGUUCAGGUGAGGCACAUGCCCAGAGGAACUUUGUGUUUUCUGAAGCUGGCACGGUCAGUGUGGCCCUCAACCUAAAGCUGAUCCACUCCUGCAAUGUGGUGAAGCUGACCCUUUACCGGCAAGGUAAGGAUGGAAGCCAGGCCUCGUCAUUGGCCCAGCAGGUGGGUGGACAUAUGCCUGAAGGUAGUGAGUGGGCCAGCGUGGGGCUGAGAACUUCAUUCGAUGUACAGAAUGGUACUGCCAUCUAUGUUUCUUUGGACUGCGUUCGUGGGCGAAUCAACCAGAUCACCCAUGAUGGAAGCACCAACAUCUCCAUUCUUUGGUUGGCAUCAUGAUCCCAAAUAGGUAGAUCAAUGGUUUUGGAAUUAACUGAUUUUAAAAAAAAAUGGUGCUUUCAUAAGGUGCAGUCACACAAAGUAGAAGCAAUGCAGAUGGACUUUGGUUCAUUUCUAAUAGCUGAAAUAGCUGAAAAGGUGCUCUUAAUACUCCUCUGGUAUUCAGAUUCUAUGUUUAUUGGAAUUAUGUGAGGAGGAAUGAACAGUUCAGUUACAGAAAUAGAAAUUGAAAUAUGAACAUAUUUCUUUCUUUUCUUGUAUGGAACAAAGAACUUUAAAAAGUACUUUUUAAGUGCUUUGGCUGGUUGAGCAGUGACCAAUUUUUCACAAGAGCUUUUGUUUGAUUUGGUAUCGAUUUAAAUUUGCGCAAACAGUAUUUCCGUGUGUUUGUUACAGAGUAUGUUUGUUAAAAAGUUAGCAAGAAUGUGUUUUUUAUGUGUAUUUGUGAGCUGAUGGGAUGAUUUUACUGCACUUAAUCGUAGUGCAGAAUGUUGUACAGUGCACACUUUUGUGUUUUUCUUUUUAAACCGAUUGGGAUUCAAAUAAUAUCUAUAUGAAAGAUAUAGAUUUAUUAUUGACAUAUUUUUUGAUUUAAUAUUUUAUAAUAAGAAAUCAAAUAACUAAAUCCUUUUACAUCUUUCAGAUCAUGAAUAUUUAUAUAUUUAGUACUAUGAAUGAAUACUGGUGACCAUAAUGGCCUCUCAUUGUAAUUUAUAUAUAUAAGAAAAAUACCAAACAGACACAAAUUUGUCCUAAGUUAUAGUAUAGCGUUAUUAACUGUAAGUGGCAUAUGUCUUCUAUUAUUCAAAUGCUGAUGCCAUGCUGCCUUGCAUACCAUGUAUAAGUGUUUUUUUAUGUGCUCAAACUACAGAUCACAAACAGUGAAGUGAACAAACAUUUGGCAACAUUAAUGCCAUGUCUGCUUUGGACUAGUGCAUUUUGAUAGUGCAUAGUGUGUGAUCUUUGAUAAAACAAAAUUAAAGUCAUAACAGUUUUGCCAAAGAACAAUGUUAUUUUUAUUAUUUUAUUAAAAAAGCUUUUUUGGUGAUUCCAGAAUUUCUAAAUUACUCCAUAUGGACUGAAACCUGUAAUAUUAUACUUUCGAGAACCUGUUCCAGAAAAAUCUAAAACAUGUCACAUGUGGUUGUUUUUGAUCUUCUAUUAGUAUACUAGUUGCUUCAUAAAUGCAAAUAUAUUUAGCUGUUUUUGCUUACCCAUAUUUUCAGGAUCAAUGUUUCCACGCAUUGUUGAUUCCAGGUAACAGGAAACCUUCUAUUGGGCACAGCGUCAACUUAAAGAGGGCAGCAGUUUGAUGAAACCUCAGAUGGCAGUACAGGACAUCUUUACACUGAACUACUUAAGUGUGACAAAGAAAGAGUCAUAUCAUUAGAGCAAAUAGUGUCCGAGACAUAUCUGUCAUAUGCCUAAUGCAAACGUUUUUCAGGAACUUGAUAAUGAAAACAAUUGAAUGUCUGCCGAAAGAUGACUAAUAGUGCUUAAAUUAGCAAGAAAACUGAUUGUGAGAAACAAAAGAAUGGGAAUGGAAAGCAGGUGUAGAACGAGAGGUGAAAAGAAAAAAUACCACCAUCUGACAUAUGAAAGUUCCAGAUGUUUGGAAAGAGAUUUUUUGGUUAGUUUUGAUAUGUAGUCUUUUUGGUUUUUUACACCAUGGAGGAAGUUUUAUAGCGCCUUUACAGUAUUUUUUUUUACAAAUAUGUUUACACAUAUUUUAUUAAACUCCAUCUUUUGUGACACAGCCAAUCAAAAAUACAGGACUUAUAUACUUGUCAAAAUGUUAUGUGUUAAAACCACGCUAUAUAUAAUUUGAGAUCAUUUUUCAAAUGUGUGUACAUGUGAUUCAGGUACGAACAUCUGCACAAAGAAAUUAACAUACAAACAAAAAACAAACAUACUCCCAUACAGCUCUCUUCCAGAUGUGAAAACAGCAUACGCCUGCUUAGAACCUGACUAGCUAAUCACUUUUCCAUAUU